AAUGACCCUGGCGGUGCGAGGCGCCACCGUCGAUUUUAGCGGUUGGCGCGACGACAAAGAGAGACCGGUAUGGAGAUAGUAGAUUGAUUUUUCCUCGAGAAAGUUUGGAAAAAUGGAGUCGAGUGAUUACUAUGUGAAGGUACCCCCGAGAUCAUCCCUCUGCUGUACAAUUUGCACGGUUGAUCCUGAUGAGAUCAGAGACUCCAGUGCGAAAUCCUAUUUUCAUUGGAAAACUCUGAAAUGCAGAUAUAUUAUAAACCUGAUGCCGUCGACAGUGAUAGCAUCACCGAUUCACAAAUCCAAAGGGGCAUUUUAUGUGAUAACAACUAGGAGUUUCUACAACACAGGAAUGCUGCAAAAAAAUCUCAUGAAGAUUAAUCUAACACACUCGGCGCAACAAAUCGUGACGCCUCAAGCAUACCUCGACUGUCUGAGGUACACCUUCGAGUUCUACAUGUCUCCUAUGUGGAACAAAGUGUUCAACAUCUACAUGGAGGGCGCAAAUUUCCUCCACAACUCAGAAUUCAAUGCUGCUAUUACCAGUACUAUCAGUUUGACGUCGAGAGAGACAAGUCCACAGGACGAGAUCAGGAUGAGACUGACGUCUCUGGCUGCUAAAUUACCACCGUUGAAGUUGGAGAACAUGGCGAUACUUUCAAUGGCGAUUGGCCCUUUUUUGCAAGAUCCUGAAGGGGUUCUCGAUGUCAGUAGGUUCGUCAUGCUGAAAGUCAACGUUAUCCCCAGUAUGAAAAAAGCGAUCAUUAGAAGAGUUAUGAAGAAAAUUCCUCCAAACUGUGCAUUCCAGAAUUACAGAGAACUUCGGAGACACUGGAAAAAUAUGUAUGGCUAUCGCCUCCCGAAAACCGACGAGGGAAUCCUCUACUACGAAGUCUAUUUCCCGAUCCCCUGCGCCACCGUCGAGUACUUAAUCUACCCAGACAUCUGCGUCCGCCGAGACCUGUCGCAGCGUCCAGCGGAGCCCGGGGACCACUUGAAACAAAAAUUCCUCCAGGACUUCCUAUUCUCGAUGCCUACAGUCCUGGACCAGCCCCUGGAGAUCAGCCAGUCAAGCCAGCAGGAUAAUUCGCUCUCACAGGGCUUCCAGAAAGCCUCCCAGAUCGAGCCAUCAGGCCUCACAACUCCCUUUCCCAACGACUCCGCUCGUCUCAGCCUAUCUGGAGGGCCUUUAAAAAAGGACGUAUCGACGCAGAUGUCUCCCACGGCCAGCCUCAGGGGAUAUUGCCCGGACAACGAGAAGAAGAAGCUUAAGUUCGAUAAUUUGAAAAAAAUUCAACAGAUCCAUAACGUCGUUCCUUCCACGAGUUUCAGAGCCCCUAAGGGAGGGGUGAAGGCCCCGAAGCCAGUGAAAAUGUUUUUGAGUGAAUCUGAAAUGUCACAGUAUUUUCAGAAUUCAUCGGGGUCUUCUCAAAACAAGAAUAUAAACAUAUUUAAUCUCUAUGACAGAAAAAAGGAUAAUUUUGAUGAUGUCAAGGGUGGGACGUUUCCCCGAGUCAAUGAGGAGGAAGGACCCAGGGAGGAUGGGAAGAGGUCGAAGGUAAAGGUGGUGAGUGUGAGCUCAGGAACCUACCCCUGGUUUAAAUAAGGGCUAGGGGAUUAUUUCCUUGAUUGUGUUUGUUGUGUAAUUAUUUCCAUAACGAAAAAGCUUUGGAAGAAAGAGAUAUUUUAUUUGUUUAUUUAUUUAUAUUAAUUUUUUCGUGUUAAUUAUUCAUUAGACAACAAUGCUAUAGAUGUGAUAAAUUCUUCUGUACAAUUAAGCAAGCAAAAUCGACAAUAUCAAUCAAU